ACAUCAACAAUCCUAGUUCUAGUUUGACGGACGCAGUGUCUAAAAAUUAAAAGUAGAAUAAAAAAGCUGUGCAAACGUGUGCAAAAUCUCGGCACACGCGGGUCCUAUAACGUGAUUGUGAUUGUGAGCCAUAAAUAGUUGAAAUUCUGUAGAAACCUGUAAAUAUUGGCUUUGCGAGGCCAAAUAGAGGUGUUCUGCCAGAACAAAAGAGAAAUUUUUGUGCGUGUCACCGUCCGUCAUCCUCCACCCUCCUAAACGCCUGCGUUGCGAUCAGCAACGACACAAAACGGUAAACGUUGCUAGAGGCCCAACGAAAUGCAAUAGACAUAGACUUUGCCCGCAUUUCACAAUUUUCAUGAAUUUCUCAUUGUGACGGCAGGUGAAAGUGCCAUUUCAGAAGAACUACGCAUCAAGCAAACAUACGGGAACUGCUAGAGUAUUAACCCAACUGCUCAGCUGAAUAAGCGAUAUGCCGGAAGAGGAGCCAACACAAAAGCCCAUGGACGAGCAUCAAGAGCAGCCACAGGCCGAACAGAUGCCCAGAGAUAGCGAUGCUAAUGCUGAGGAACAGCUGCCGCUGCAGCUGCCGCCACAUACCCCGUCUACAGAUUUUGUUGUAGCGGAGCUUUCCGCUGAAGAGAUACGCGCCCGACGGCUGCGCACUUUGGCGGCGCGCAGCAGCGCCCACAUUCCCGCUGCCGUACCGUUGGCAACAGAGAAACCAACUGCACGCAUCCAAGCAAAUACCCCAAGUGAAUCGCGUUUGGUGCGCGAGGUGUGCGCCAGUUCGAGCAGCAUGGAGACGGGCUCAUUGGGCGACAAAGCGCCCAUAACAUGGUCAGAGCUGGGCAGUAAGUCGGACAUGGAUGUGGAAAUGAAAUCGGUGGCUUCGACGCCCAUACAGGACGUUGAAAUGACAUCCGCACAUUCCAUCUGCGUACCCAGUACCGUGCUGCUCAACUCAGAGCCAAAGACGCAGCCAAUCGUAUCUAAUACGGAGUCAUCGCGGCUUAAAAGCGCGGACGAGCGCAACGAACAGCUGCUGUCCAGGCUGCUGAAUGCUACAUGGAAUGAAUUCGGAUGUGGUUCCAUUAUUUGUGCACAGACCGCCAGCUUUUUGGAGCAAUAUCCAGAACUACGCUUUGAGUUUGAGCCGAUUGUCACAAGUGUUCUGCUGGAGACGGCAUUUAAGUUCUACAACGAUGAGGUGGACGACAGCUUUAAAGUGGAGGGCGAGACACCACUUGCCACCGGUCUGAGCGACGCCAAUGGUGAUGACAAGGAAUUCUCGUCGGCCAAAAAGAUUAAGAGCGACGACACCGAGGUGCAGGAGAUAUUAGCUAAUGCAGUGGCCUCCAGUGGAGCCGCUGAGGAGGAUCAAGGUGCAAGCGCCAGCGCAACGCCCAGCCAGACCGAGAUAACACCCAGCGAUGCAUGUGUUCCCUGUGUGGUGCCGCCUCCCCUGAACAUUGUGACAACCUCCAAGCACAAUGCCAUGCUCCAUCUGCUGCGCUGCUAUCAAAAUUAUCAAACCGAGUGCGAAAGAUCCAGAGCCAAUGAAUCAUCCAACCAGCCAGUUGAUCACAGCACGCAGCAGGCCCUGGCUCUGGCCUUUCGAAACAUUAUGCGUGUCGCUGUGCUGGUGCUAACGGAUCGCAUACAACAGAACCUCAAUUAUCAGCUGGAUCAGUCUACGUUGCUGGAGCUUAUUUACAUGGAUCGUGUUAGCGAGUCGUUCCUCGUCGAUCUGGUGGCCGAAACGCAUCAACAGCGCGAAGUCUUCGACACCAUAUUCGGGCAAUUGUUGCGCGGUCUAUUCAGUGGCAUGCAGCGAAAUAUUUGCAGCUCAAAGAUCAACACACAGCAAAUCGAAUGGCUGUCCAAGUUGGUGGUCAUUAAAGUGGGCAAUGUCCGGCCAAUUGCCGAUCUGGUUGCCCGCCAACCCAACUAUAUACCGCCCAUAUGCACCAAGAUACCGGGUCGAGAAAUUGUCAAGUGCAGUUUUCUAGGUCCCUUUCUGUCGGUCUCACUAUUCGCCGAGGAAAAUGUCAAGUUUGCCGAGUUCAGCACCAAAAACAAGCUCGAGGAUGCAGCCACAUCGCGACUACGUUGGGAGCUCCACUCGAUGCGCUCUCACAUGCAUACGGUUUUCCACUCGCUGUGCGUCAAUGCCAGCAGUCGCCCCCAGACGCUGGAGUACAUUGCCCAAAUCCUGCGACACAAUGAUCGUCGCGUGCAAUUCGCCAGCGAUGAAAAGCUGCUCGCUCGCGAUGGCUUUGUUAUAAAUCUGAUGAGCGUGCUGCAGCAGCUGUCGGUCAAGAUCAAACUGGAUCGCAUCGACGCCAAUUUCCACUACUACAGCAAUUCGCUGGUUAACAUUGAGCAGGACACGAAGAUCCGUUACAGCGAGGAGGAGUACAAGAGCUUUUUGGCCCGUGAUUUCUCAGCGCCAGCGCAGAAUGUCAAUUUCCAAACGCAGUGCUGGUUCCUUACACUGCAGGCUCAUCACCUCGGCUAUCUGCCGGCUAUUCAGCGCUAUCGCCAAAAGGUGCGCGCCAUCAAGGAACUGCAGAAGCUAAUUGACGAGCUGGAUCGCACCAAGCCACAUUGGGUUAACUCGCGCUAUGCCAAUCGCAACAAUCAGUUCAAGGAGCGAUGGGAGAAGCAACUGCGCAAACUGAAUCGAUCCAAGACAUGCAGUGAGAUAACGCUUCUAGAUCCUGCGCUGCUGCAGCGCUGCACUGAAUUUUAUUCGACGGUGUGCGAGUUUAUGCUUUAUCAAUUCGAGGGCCGUGCAAUUGAGGGUCCCUUCAUCUCGAAGCUGCAGGUGCAGCAGCUAAAACCGACUGAUGCAUUUUCUGCACUGCCCGAGUGGUAUAUCGAUGACAUCGCCGAGUUCAUAUUGUUUGCCAUGCAGCACGCCAAUGUGGACAUCAGGCAGGGUAUCGAUCAUUCGAUCAUCACAUGGCUGUUGACCUGCGUCUGCGCCUCGCAUCUUAUCAAGAAUCCCUAUGUAACUGCCAAACUGGUUGAGGUCAUGUUUGUCUUCUCCCUGAAGCCAGCCAAUUCGGUCAACACAGCGAUGUGGAAUCAUGAGCUGGCGCAGAAUGCGCUGGUCAGCGCGCUAAUGCGAUUUUAUGUGGAUGUGGAGACCACUGGCCAAAGCACUGAGUUUUACGAUAAGUUUACUAUAAGAUACCACAUUAGCCAUCUGUUCAAAUCCAUGUGGGAGAAUCCCAUACACCGGCAGGCUGUCAUCUGUGAGUCGCGCCAGGGCAAUCAGUUUGUCAAGUUUGUCAAUAUGCUGAUGAACGAUACGACAUUCUUGCUGGACGAAUGCCUGGAGAAUCUAAAGCGCAUACAUCUAACGCAACAGCUGAUGUCCGAUGCACAGAACUGGAGUGGCAUGAGCGCCGAGCAGCAACAGAGUCGGCUCACCCAGCUGGCAACGGAUGAGCGGCAAUGCCGUUCCUAUUUAACGCUGGCGCGUGAGACUGUCGAUCUAUUUCAUUAUUUGACUAGCGACAUCAAGGAGCCGUUUAUGCGCGCCGAGCUGGUCGAUCGCCUCAGUUCAAUGCUGAACUUUAAUUUAAAACAAUUGGCUGGGCCCAAGUGCAACGAUCUGAAAGUGAAGAAUCCAGCCAAAUAUGGUUGGGAGCCGCGCAGUUUGUUGGCCCAAAUCUUUGAUAUAUAUCUCCACUUGGACUGUGAUAGAUUCGCGCAGGCUUUGGCCGCCGACGAGCGCUCAUUCGAUGUGCAUAUCUGCAACGAGGCAGCGUCUCGCAUUAAACGCCUAGCGCUACGUUCCGGCGUGGAGGUGGAGCGUUUCAAGGCGCUCACACAGCGGGCUCAUGAGAUUUAUGUUUCAAAUCAACAGACUGAAGAUGAGUGUGCCGAUGCGCCGGAUGAGUUUAAGGAUCCGCUUAUGGACACCCUUAUGUCGGAUCCAGUUGUGCUGCCCUCGGGCACGGUAAUGGAUCGUGCAAUUAUCACGCGUCAUCUGCUCAAUAGCUGCACAGAUCCGUUCAAUCGGCAGCAUCUCACCGAGGAUAUGCUGGUGCCCAAUAUUGAGCUGAAACAGCGUAUCGAUGCAUGGCGCAAGGAGCAGCGGGGCAAGCGAAACAAUAGCUAAGGUGCCGCCAGAUCCUGAACCAUAAUCUACAAACUAACGUAGCUUAAUGUGCAGUUUUAGUGUCUACCUAUAUCUCUAUGCAAAUAUUAUUAUAAUUAUUAUAUAUGUAUAUGCGCUUAAACAGCUGCUAGAAUUUAGUUCACUUUUUUGUUUUUCACUUGGGGUAGUCGCAGUCGCAGUUCUCAAGAUUCUCAAGUUCAUCACAUUACAAAAAUAUUCUUGUUUUCAGAUUUCUCAAAACUUAUGUAUAUGUUAAAAAUGCAAUAAUUUUAAUUAUUAAAGUACAUAUUGUAUAUUGCUUAAUUGAUUGUUUUUGUAUAAUUUCA